UGUGCCAAUCCCCAGGACUACCUGGCUCAUAUCAUUGACACCACUAACCUGCCCAUUCUCCCAGAACAAGUGGGUGCUCUCUUCGGGAACAUUGAGGAUAUCUACGAAUUCAACAGUGAGCUGCUGCAGUCCCUCGAUAUGUGUGAGAAUGAUGCUGUGGCCAUCGCCAGGUGCUUUGUGCACAAGACUGAAUAUUUUGAGAUCUACACACAAUACUGCACCAACUACCCAAAUUCAGUGGCUGUGUUGACAGAGUGCAUGAGCAACAAGACUCUGUCAAACUUCUUUCACGAUCGACAGGCCAUGCUGAAGCACCCGCUGCCCCUCGGUUCUUACCUGCUCAAGCCAGUCCAGAGAAUACUCAAGUACCACCUGCUGCUCCAGGAGAUUGCCAAACACUUCGACCCUGAGGAGGAGGGCUAUGAAGUGGUAGAAGAGGCCAUCUACACCAUGACGGGUGUGGCCUGGUACAUCAAUGACAUGAAGAGGAAACAUGAACAUGCUGUCAGACUGCAGGAGGUCCAGUCUUUGUUGAUCAACUGGAAGGGGCCGGACCUCACAACCUACGGGGAGCUGGUUCUAGAGGGCACUUUCCGUGUGCACCAUUCCAAGAAUGAACGAACGCUCUUCCUCUUUGAGAAAAUGCUCCUCAUCACCAAGAAGCAUGGGGAGCACUAUGUCUACAAGACACACAUCUCAUGCUCAACGCUGAUGUUGAUUGAGAGUGCCAAAGACUCCCUGUGCUUCAGUGUCAUGCACUACAGAUAUCCUAAGCAGCCCCACACUGUCCAGGCUAAGACUGCUGAGGAGAGGAAGUUAUGGGCCCAUCAUAUUAAAAGGCUUAUUUUGGAAAACCACCAGGCUAUUAUUCCACAGAAGGCAAAGGAUGCACUGCAAAUGGAUUCUGCGUACCCUAAGUAUCGUUACAGCCCAGAGAGACUGAAGAAAGCCAUGUCCUGCCAACCAGAUGACGUAACUGUAGGGGUCCAUGUAAAACGUCGACAGUCAGAACCAGCCAAACAGAUCAUACAGAGCAUUAAAGACACUCUUAAGCCCUCAGGGGUUGGCAGGACACUGUUGGAUGCUCCUCUCUCCCUGCAGACUAACACUAGUGCCGGUGAGGAGGGCAUUGGUCUACAUGACCCAGAGGCUGAGGGGUCUCACAAGGAAGAAGAAAAGGAGAUGAUGUGCCUGAGAGAGAGCAGUGAUGAGUCUGGGCUGCCAGCCUCAAAGGUUGAGAAGGAAUGGGAGAGUGACAGCGACGAUAUACUGAUGGAGGAUGACCAGAUGGACGACUUUGCCAGCUCGAUGCUGGCCGCCAUCUCCAGCUGGCACUAUAGAGUCAGGGCUUUGCUUUCAAACCAGGCCACUAUGGAUAAUGAGGAGGAUGGCAUCUUGGAAGAGAACAAGGUUACCACUGAGAACCUCCAGACAUCCUACCAGCAUGAGUUAGGUGUGACACCGUUGGAUUUGUCUCAGCCACAUCAGGCUGCAUCAAAUGGGCCAGUGCCAGACAGCCAUGACACUCAGCCUGGUCUCCCAGAGAGACCUGAACCAGACCUAACCAGAUCAGAUCUGCUGGUCCUCACCAGGACCACUCCAAUCACACCCAAGGUUCCAAAGAUACCAGGAUCCAGCAGCAGCCAAAAUGCAGAGAAACGAAAGCAGCGGGAGAAGAAGCGUGCCACACAGCAGGAUGGCGUGAAAUCCGUAAGCAGCGAACAGUCAUCGGAAUCGGAGGAAGAGGAGAAUGUAGCGGCGCCAGAGAGUGAAUCUGACAGCAUUUUGCCAUCGUCUGUUCUGAACCAGGCUGCUGUCAUUGUUGAGCACUUCAUCAACAGCACCCGGAGAGGGAGUCUACACUCUGUGGGUGGGCCCUGCCAGAAGCACGUCAGCCGGAGUGGCAGUACCAUGAGUAUGAGCACAGAUUUUCUGGAGACGGUGCAGAGGCUCCACAACAACCCUGUGGAAACUCGACAGAACCUGUGCAAUCAGGACUCCACCACCACAAACUGUCCCAAAGCAAAUAACCUCUUUGAGGGGAGUGGUAUACCAAUGCGGAGGCAAGACUCCAGCCUCUCCAGACAGGACCAGCUGCUCAUUGACAAAAUAAGAUGUUAUUAUGAGAAUGCUGAGUACAAGGAAGCCGACUUCAGUCGCACACGUAGAGAGAGUCUCACCUCCAUUCCCACAGGCCUGGUCCAAACCUCUGUCAGCCAACUCAACAGCAUCCCCAAAGAUGAAGCUCUUGCUAGGGAGACAAAGUGUGCUGCUAUCGGCUAUCCUUCCACCAGUAGUAUUUCUACACCCAGUGAAGCAAUUGACACAUCAGGUUUAGAUAAAACACAGCAGCCUAUAUUCUUUGGCUUUGGUGCAAAAUCCUGCACGAGUUUCGAAGACAUUGUGCCUGGCUCUCAGAUUGAGUCUUUAGUAAUAUUUGAGAAGAUAGAUGGAUGCGUAGCACCCCGAAAAAUCCUAGGCCACUCAGUCAACCUGGAUGAGGACCCGACCCGGGGCCAUACCCAUCAGGGUCGUCUUUUCAGGCCUGUUCACCUUCAGAUGGACUUCGAGGAAGACAGGCAGAUGCAGGACGAGGAGAAAGCAAAAACUACAGUUUUUCAGUUGGCUCGGCAAUACAGUCAACGCAUGAAAACCACCAGAAAAUCUGUACAGAACAACCCAGAUCUGGACGACCUGCAUGAUGUUAACCUGCCUUCUGUGUUGGAGGAGCGGCCAGAGACAGAGAACCGAGCCCUGCCAAGGUCCCCCAGCCCUCAGGAUCGAUCACCCAGCCUCUCCUGCCCCAUGAGCGCACCCAGCUCCACGCAGACCGAGGGCUUCCACUGGCCAGACGUGCGUGAGCUUUGCUCCAGGUACUCCUUCCAGGGAGAAGAUCAUGCCCAGGACUGCUUGCAGGCUUCAUCCGGGACCCUGGGUCGGGGCCCCAGAAGGCACUCCAGCAGUUCCUCCAGCUUCUCAGGGUCUCAGACUGCUGUCUACAGCCAAGCCGUGGCCUACAAGCCUCAGAGGUGGGAGUCCUGCCAGGGCAAGCCACAGAUGUGCAGGGCCGGAUCCCCAGAGCACAGGCUGUGUGAGCUGCCUGGGCCACGAGCCACAGAAAAUGCUGCUUUGCUAACUGUGCAAACAGAUGGGACAGAACUGUACGAAGCACGAGUAUGGAGAAAGAAGGACAAGCACACCUCACCUACAUGCCAAGGCAAGAUCUCCGCCAUGGCUGACAUCGAACAUAGCAGUUCCAACUGGGAUUCAGAAAGGGAGGGUGGUCGUGUGAUAGGGGCUUUGGCUGUGAGGUGCGGUGAGAGCAGAGAGAAUGACCACCAGUCAGAUCUCCAUGAACAGUAUGAGGACACAGAGAACACAGGAAACACGGAGACUGACACUGGACAGCAAAGUAACGUCAAAAACCUGAGGGAGAAGUUCCUCAGUAUGACAUCGAAUGUAAGCAUGCUUUAAACGGGCCCUAUUAUGCUCAUUUUCACUUUUCAAAAUUUUAUUUUUGGGGUCUACUAGAAUAGAUUUACAUGAUUCAGUGAACAUUAUUAUUCUGAUAUGGUACAUCUCUAUUCACUCUGUCUGGAACACUCUGUUGGAACCCAGAUGAGCUCAGUGUACUUUUAUUGGUCAACUUGCCUGAUUAGACAGUUUGCCUGAUUGGUCAGCUUGCCCUACAUGUUCUGCCAGUGUCUUGCAGGCUGCAGACAGAUCCUUGCAGGUAGUCGGCCAAUAAGGAUUGUGUUAGAAGCAGUGUUAAUUUUGACAGCAAAUUUUUAUUUAGUUUUAGUCAUAGUAUUUUAACUAAAAUGUAAUUUAG